GAUUUCAAAAUUCCCCCUAAAUUGAAAGUAAUUCACGUAUAAAUGAGCUCCACCUUUGCUGAGAUUAAUCCUGCUGUGGUGGAAUUGCUUGGGCGCAGCAAACAAGUCACACUGAUCAGCUGCUUCUGAUCAGAUCUUAAUGAAUGAACAGCUAAUUUAUCGAUAGAGCAACGAGAUGUUGAUGCGAUUGUAUUUGCAGAAUAAUAUGGGCGAUUGAAUUUUAACAAACAGAAAAAAAUAGCGACUGGCUGCAAUUCAUUCUUAGUAUAAUACAAUUAUUUGACGCGCAUGCGGGUAUUUAAGCACCAUUAUAAAUUGUAGCUAAGGAUGGUUCAUUUACACCUUCAUUUAUUUCAAUUUAGGGGCAAGUUUGAAAUCCCGUUCUGUCUCACAGCGUCCGGUUAAUCUGGAGCCACAUGGAAACCCUAUGCAAUGAUGCAGUGCGGUGCGUCACCGUGGCAGAUUAUGCCAAUUCUGACCCAGCUAUUGUGAAGUCUGGGAGGGUGAAAAAAGCCGUUGCAAAUGCGAUUGAAAAAGAAGUGAAGUUACUGUGUGGCUUGGAAGCCUCUCACGGCCCCGUUCAGGAGGUGCUGUCCUCCACCGCGGGGGUCGGAGGACAAGCCCAGGAGAGCAGUGACGAGCUGGACGCAGAGGACUGCACCGGCGAGCUGAAGGCCUCCAGGAAAAAGAAAAGCAAAAGACACAAAGUAAAUGCUGAUUCAGAGGGUGGAGCAGAGUAUCCCGUUGAUGUCUGGCUGCUUUUGGCUUCGUAUAUCCGUCCAGAAGAUAUCUGUAAAUUCGCUCUCAUCUGUAAGAAUGCGUGGGCUGUUUCCUGCACUGCUGCGUUCUGGUCCAGGCUGUACAAACGGCACUAUAUCUCGGACGCACACUUGCCUGUGCGUCUCCAGCCCGACUCCAUUGGAAAGAUGAGGGGUCUCCGUGCUUGUGUGAUUCGCUCUCUGUAUCACUUCUAUGAGCCUUUCUGCUCCCAGGUCUCAAAAAGCCCCUCUAUCCCCGAGUCGACUCCUACAGCUGUCCUGAAUUCGAAGUGUUUGCUCUUUUGGGUCAACAAGAUAGUUGGGAACAGACCAGAAGUGCUGUGGGAAUUCAAUUUUAAGUUUCUAAAGCAGCCUCCCAAGUUUAAGAACGGCUGUGGAAACGGCCUUCAGUUUCCGAGGCAGUACCAGGAAGUUCACACCAACCCUGACCACGACUGCUUCCUGCUGCGGGUCACGACGCUGAAUUUCAUCUUCACUCCUGUAGUCAUGGGCAUGACGUUAACCCUGCUCACAGUGAACGUGAGUACAGACAUGAGGCACCAUCGCGUGCGCUUGCUGUUUCAAGACUCCCCCAUGGUGAAGGGCAGGAGGCCCCGGAAUGAGCAGGGGGUGCAGAUCGUCCUCGACCCCGUGCACAGCGUGCGUCUCCUGGACUGGUGGCAUCCGCAAUACCCCUUUUCCAACCGGACUUAACAGCAUCUCCUAACCACAUGGUGCAAGGGCACAACACAAAACCAUGUGGGUUUUAAUUGAAGACAUGCAACUUUAAUUAUUUAAAGAGAAAUUUAAAAACUAUGUAAUCGGACGCCAAAGCACUUUUCCCUUACUCCUGUUUUGGUGCAGUGUAAUAGCGUUGUUACCGAAUGCUGUGUUUCAGUUGUUGGUGUGUGCUUGGGACAGGUUUUGUGUCUUUGUGUAGAGUAUCAUAUUUGUCCUAAUUUGUAUAAGACAUACCCUUGGUAGUUGUAUAAAAUUCUGCCUCUACAGAUUCAGUACUGUAUAAUAUAUAAUCUCACAAAGAAUUCCUUUAUUCCCAGUAAAGAGUGCGUCGGGGGUGAAAGAUGGGCCAUGCUCUUUACCUGGUGCAGAAAGCAUUGCAUAAUGUGUGUGUUUUUUAAAAAAAAAUUUAUAUACAAGGGAGGUGUUUCAUAUUAUCCAGCAGAAUUUUAAAUGGUCCUGUACGAAGAUACAUUAGAGAAAUGUAUGCAAGUAAAUACAAACUCAGGUGUUUCACAUUUUGAUUUUAAUAAUCUCUUUCAGGAGUUAAAUGGGCAUUCGGGUUGAUGUGUGUAUUUUUUUUUUUUUUUUUUGCAGCUAUAGUCUUUUUUAAUUUUCAAAACAUUUUACUUGUGACGUAAGCACAGAGAGCAUUGGAAAGACCCAUCUGCAGCCCAGCUUAGUCUUUAGAAUUGAAACAUGAGUUUAGAUUUACAGGUACUGUACUCUACUGAAGAGGCUGUUUUCAAACUUUUUUUUGAUGGUGUAAUACUAAAGCAGAGACACUAGGUGGUGCUAAUGUCAUCUCUGCUCCUAAUCCGCAUCUUUUGUGGUGUAAAACAAGGUGCUGUGUCCCUAUUAUGUCUGUGGAAGAUGCUACUGUGUAUACAUUUCCAUUCCGCCAGGAACAACUAACACUAUAGUAAUGAUCUUCAUAUGAACAUUGCAGGCACCGUUACAUACCACUUCAUUGUGGAUUUAGGGUAGAAUAUAGAAACGUGCGUUCAGUGCCCUCUGCUGGUAGCAGACAUGUUUGCAUAUUUAUCUGGAUAUGCUUCCCCUGUUUUGUUCACAGGUUAGAUUCUGCUGCACAGGCAGUUUGCCAGUGUAAUGGCUUUAACAGUAUGUUAAUGCAUUUCAACAUGUGGAAUUAAGUUGACUGGAAGUAAUGGGAAGUGUCUUUUUAAGGUGUUUAAGUGCUGAGUAGAUAGAGUCCCUACAGGAGGAUAUAAAGAGCCUGCUUUGUGAUUCAGGUAAACACACACACGUUAUUUCCUAAAAAUCAUGAAUACAAUGAAACACGCUAGGCCUGAAAAUCUAUAUAAAUAAAACUUGUAUAAGCAGAA